CAGCAGCACCACCAGCACCAUCACCAGCACCACCAUCACCACCCUGCCUGCACCAGCAGGAGCAUCAACAUGCUGCUGUUUCUAAAGCAGACGGCUCCAUCUGGUGGCCGCUCUGUCGCUCGCAGGGAGAAGGUGGAGCUAAACAAGAGGACUUCAAGCCUGAACUUGCCUUGCCACUUUGUUAUGUUGUUACAUCGGGAAGUAAUAAGGCCAAACAUGGUUCAUGAGCUGCUGGCGGUCCGUCUCAACGACAGGGAGUAUACAAACUGGCUGAAAGCAGGCCGGUGUCUGCUCAUCCUGAGGGACGGCCUGCAGCCCUUCAUCACCCUCCACAUGAGAGCUUUCCACGGAGACCUGCUCAAACAAAACACUCUGCUACGGAAACCGUGCCAGACUUCUUCAUGCAGACCGAGAGGGAAUAAGCUUUCCUCAGCAUGCAGGCUGUGUUCAGAGUGGCAGACAGUGAUCCUGAAACACCACAGACAGCCAGAUGUCACAGUGAACUGGGACAACUGUUUCCCUCCCAACUGGAGAACAGACCACUGGGAACUGGCCAAGGCCUACAUGCCGCGGGGUCAGGGGAAAGUGAAGGGAGCAGAUCAGUGCGACGCCGCUGCUCUGCUCAACCUGAUCAACUACUGUGAUUGUUUCCGGUCUGUGGAUCCAAAAUUUGUGAGAGAGGUGAUCCGUUUCAGGAACGAGUUGAUGCAUUCCUGUGAGUUUCGUGUGAAGGAUGAAUGGAUGAGACACUACCAGACCACUGUGAAAAAGCUUGUGCAGCAGUUCAGCCACGUACCACAGAUGGCCACAGUCGGACAACAGAUCGAGGAGAUGCUGACCGUUGAUUUGUCAAUAUGUGUCUCUGGUUUGGACCGAAUGGAUUCUGCUGACCUGGAUGGAAUAGAGUGUGAUUUCGUUAGCCAAUGGGAGACCAGCGCCGACUUAAUCAGCCAAUGGGAGGCUGAGUUGCUACAAGAGAGGCUGCAGGAGUUACUGGGUGCUGCUGAAGAUGAUCCAAAGACACAGAAAUUGAUGGAGCCUUUUAUCGAUGAGGAAAUUGAAAAAUUCCACGGAGAGCUGGGCAAUGAAUGCGGUCCGGAUCACUGUGUCAAGGAAUGUGAUGUGGCAUGUGAUUUUAAAAACUGGAAACCCCGACCCAACCAGAGUCCUCCUUUAGAUUGUGACGUGUGUUCUCGCUGGAGAGAUGUGAUUUUGACCAACCACACCAGUCAGCAUGGAAAGGUGAUGUGGUUGAACAGUAAGCCCCACCUGUGGUCCCGAAAGAAAUGGGAAGUGGCUAAGGUGUACAUGCCGGGUGGUCAUAAGAACCAUAAUUCAGUAGGUAACUUUGACAUCGCUGCACUUCUGUGUCUCAUGAAUCAAUGCAAGCACUUCAAGCAGUUUGAGCUUGGUGGAUUGAUUGACAAGGUUUCCAAGGUGCGAAACGAUAUCAUGCAUGCACCAAGGAACCAGCUGGAGCAAAAGGAUUUGCACGAUUACUUUAAUCGAAUCAGAGAACUGGGCGAGGUGCUGGCAAGACAUGAUCCUAAGUUCAAAAACCUUUCUGAAGACAUCGAUCAGAUUCAGAACCUUAACUUUAGACUGAUCUUGCUUGACGACAUCGAGGCUCAAAAAAAUCGGGCUCAGGAUGAAAAAGAACUGGAAGAUAUACUUUUUGCUCUUGCAGCUGAAUGUCAACUCACCAGGAUGGAGCUGGAGAAGUUGAAGACACAGAUAGCUCAGCAAGAACAAGAUAAAUUGAUUCCUCCUUUAGAUUGUGACGUGUGUUCUCGCUGGAGAGAUGUGAUUUUGACCAACCACACCAGUCAGCAUGGAAAGGUGAUGUGGUUGAACAGUAAGCCCCACCUGUGGUCCCGAAAGAAAUGGGAAGUGGCUAAGGUGUACAUGCCGGGUGGUCAUAAGAACCAUAAUUCAGUAGGUAACUUUGACAUCGCUGCACUUCUGUGUCUCAUGAAUCAAUGCAAGCACUUCAAGCAGUUUGAGCUUGGUGGAUUGAUUGACAAGGUUUCCAAGGUGCGAAACGAUAUCAUGCAUGCACCAAGGAACCAGCUGGAGCAAAAGGAUUUGCACGAUUACUUUAAUCGAAUCAGAGAACUGGGCGAGGUGCUGGCAAGACAUGAUCCUAAGUUCAAAAACCUUUCUGAAGUCAUCAAUCAGAUUCAGAACCUUGACUUUAGACUGAUCUUGCUUGACGACAUCGAGGCUCAAAAAUAUCGGGCUAAGGAUGAAAAAGAACUGGAAGAUAUACUUUUUGCUAUUGCUCAAAGGGAAACUGAACAUCUUGUCACCAGGAUGGAGCUGGAUAAGUUGAAGAUACAGAUGGCUCAGCAAGAACAAGAUAAAUUGAUAAACUGCUACGCCAUGAUUCAUAAACCACAUGGUUUGUGUGUGAUCAUCAAUAAUGAGGAGUUCCUGGGACCAAGCCUGUAUAAUCGACCAGGGUCUCGGCAGGAUGCGAGGGCUCUGCGUACCGUGUUCACCCGCCUCGGCUUUGACGUAGUGACACACAACAACUUGACUGCAGGAGCCAUGCGACGUGAACUACAACAGCUGGGCUCAAGGAACUUCUCUGAUGAUGAUGCCUUGGUGGUAUGCGUGCUUAGCCAUGGUUUAAAGGGAUGUGUCUUUGGGACUGAAGGGCAGAAGGUGUACUUGCGAGAACUGACACAGCCCUUCACCAGCAGAGGAGCUCCCACCUUGGCAGGGAAGCCCAAACUGUUCUUCAUCCAAGCGUGUCAGGAAACCGUCUACCGGAAUGGACCCGUGUCCGCAGAUCAUUCAGGAUCCAUGCAACAUCCCCUGAGGCCAAGACAGGAGGAGGGGGACAGACGGGGCCGCCUGGAGGAAGAUGAAGGUCGUGUGCACCGCGAGUCGGUGCCUUGCGAUGAUGACUUCCUGCUGGGCAUGGCCACCUUGCCAGAGAGCUGGUCGUUUCGAAACCCUGUCACAGGCUAUGUCUACAUCCAGGAGCUGUGCACGCAGCUGACAAGGUCAGCAGAAAGCUUGGGGAAGGCUGAUAUCCUCGAUGUGCUGACCCGUGUGAACAGUGAGGUCAGCAAAGGAGAAUAUUUAAACUACAAACAAAUGCCAGAGAUCAGGAACACCCUCACCAAGAAGCUCGUCCUCAAAUUUGUGUGAGCUGACCUCCCGGGACCAAGUGCAAUGCUGAAAAUGUGCCAAAUUCACAAAGACGGAUUUACUGUAUGUAUGACUGUGGUUGUAUGUGUUGCCAAAGAGUUUAUGAUGCUUACAUGUUUUGUUCAGCAAGAUAAUCUUCACAAAUGAACAUCUUCUAUGAUUUUUGAAGUGUAAAUGCAAUCACCAGAAGUAAAAAGCUAAUGUUAGGCUAUAAAUGAACUACACCACGGUCGCAUGAGCACGAAUAUACACCACAGGGCUGUAAAGUCGGACGAGCCGGCGUGAUGACGUUUAGUAGUCUCAUUUAGCCACUUGUUAGCAACCGCCUUUUAUAAGACACAAAACGGCUUCAUAAUUCACGAGUGGGAUAUUUAUUGAUGUAUUUUAUAUCAUAGAACAAAACAUUAAAAUCUCUUCAGCUUGUGUUAACCACAGACCUUAUUUCAGGCAUCAAACUAAAAACCCAUU